GCAGGGGGCUGCCCGGACAGCCUGGGGUCCCGGGCUCCCGGGGUCCAAGCUGCAGAUAAACUGGGGCCUCGGAAGCACCCGGGAAGGAAUCCGUAUCAGAUGAGGAAGGGGCGAUGAGGUUGCAGCCGACAGUCCGCGAGCCAAGAUGCUCAGGGAGCCCUGGAGGCAGGGCCUGGCAGGCAGAGCUUGCCUGGUAUCACCCGGGACCGUGGGCAGCAUGAAGACCCCCGCGGAACUGGCCGUCGGUGGGAUGCAGACCCUCCACCUUCAGCACCGUUGCCGGGGCGGGUACCGGGUCAAGGCCAGGGCCUCAUACGUGGAUGAGACUUUGUUUGGCAGCCCUGCGGGUACCCGGCCCACACCACCAGACUUUGACCCGCCGUGGGUGCAGAAGCUCGACAGAACCAGUCGAGUGGGAGUGGGCACAGGGACAUCACCAGCCUUGGGGGCCAACGGGAGCUGUGAGACCACCUCCUCCAGGGUCAGCACCCCGACCCUCACACCAAGGAAGAAGAACAAAUACAGACUGAUCAGCCACACUCCUUCUUACUGUGACGAGUCACUGUUCGGCUCCCGGCCCGAGGGCAGCAGCUGGGAGGGCCCAUGGAUGGCGAAGGGGGACUCUGCAAAACUCCAUGCCCUCUUCUGGACGCCCCCAGCCACCCCCAGGGGCAGCCACUCGCCCCGCCCCAAGGAGACCCCGCUGCGGGCCGUUCACCCAGCUGGUCCCUCGAAGCCAGAGCCCCAGGUGGCAGCAGACACCCGGAAGUCGUCCGUGGAUGGGUUUGACUCUCCACGCCCUCUGAGGCGAGAACGCUCCCAUUCCCUCACACGCCUGAGUGUCCCCAGCACGGGUCGCCCGCCCUCCAGUGCCCCCUGCGUCAGUGGGCCCCGGGAUCCCAGGCCUUCCCCGGCGGGGAUGACCUUCCAGAGCCCCCUCGUGACUCCCAGGGCUCACUCAGGCCGUGUUUCAGUGCCAGCUGCCCCCCAGCGAGGGGGGGCCACCCAGAAACCAAAGCCCCCUUGGAAAUGAAUUUCUUGAUUCUCAGGUGAGGGACACGGUUUCGGAAGAGGGCGUUGGCUGGGGCGCCUUUGGGGGCACCAGGGUCUCCUAGGCAACCACGAAGCAUCUGAGGAGCGCGU